GCCGGAUCUGCCUUUACCUCCUACUGUACUACCUUCCCCCACCUUCACUUCCUGCUCUCCGUAUAAGUUCUGUCGCGUUGUCCUGGUUGUAUAUUCUUUUUUAAACCUCUCUCUCCAUCUCCCUUCUCCGUCACUAGGCCUCUAUCGAACCAUUUAAUGAUGACGUCUUACAACCCUUUUGUCCGACGGGAAUCGCAUGACCGUUAUACCCUGGGCUCCUAUCGCCUCUUGGUGCCCUUGUCAUGGCUGCUGGUCGUCGUCGUUGGUCUCUACUAUACCGUCAACGCCCCCGGUGAUGUCAAGCACGGUCAUUCCAUCUUCAGGCAGGCUGAUCGACACAUUACGCCGUUUAGCCAAAGCACCAUUGUCACGGGCAUCUUCUGGAUUAUACUCCUUCUCUCCCAACUCAGCUACGUGUAUCAUCUCUUCCAUCGGGAUGCGGCCAUCGUGACGGCGACCGCCAACGUUGGCUCCCAUUUUAUCUUGAACAACCUGUUUAUCUUCGCAUGGAUUCUUCUGUGGACUCGCAACCACUUCUGGGGCUCCGAAAUCAUCUUGAUCGCCCACUUCAUCAACCAACAUGUGGCCUACUGGCGACAUCGCAACUUGCCGCGCCUGGUGCAUCUAUCCGCCGUGGCUGGCCCCUUUGCCUGGACACUCAUGGCCCUCUUUUGGAACGGAGCGGUCGCCGUGAAGAGCAACUCUCUGCCGGCCAGGAUUACUGCGAACGUUUUCAUAUGGGUGAUCUUCGUGAUCGGGACAGGUCAUAUCGUGGCUGCGCAGGAUGACCUGUUGGGCUAUUCCUUGAGCUUUUUGACUCUUGCCCUAGCGUUGAAGCAAAUCGCCGUCAAGACCAUUGCGCUGCAGUGGAUCUUUGCCUUCGUUAUCUUCGCCGUGUUCCUGGUGAACUCCCUCUACAUCACCAGCACUCGCAGCACUGGCCGCGACAUUUUCUUCCGUCGGAUUGGACAAGCGGAGCCCACCGAUCGCGAGCGGGAGCCACUGCUUAAUGAACCGGCCCAGACCGCGUGACGGAUUAAUUAAUCGAUCUUGUGGGUGAACGAGAGGAGAUACCAGUAGUAACUACUAUUCCCUAGCCCGGGGUUUCGGUGGACCUGCUUUCCCCCUCUCUUUCCCACUCCACAUAACCUUAAAUGAGGGUAGUACGUGAAGUGAUAUGUGUGUUUUAUCUAAAAGGUGUCUCUCUCCCCCGAAGCAGCGAGUUUUUAUUCGGUGUUAAGCUGUCUCAUAUGUACCUUGCCGCUCGUUUCCGGAUUGCAUGGAGGUAGGUUGUGCGCUGGUUCAAGUUUGGUUUUGUCUAUAGUCUACAUAAUAAUUUGAGAAUCAACGUUGUGCCGUUGAAUGGAACGGCGCGUUCUCACUCGGUGUGCUUCAAGUCCAG